CCCGCCGGCUGGGCUCUCCCCCCAGGCCCUCUUGGCGAUCCGUAGGAAUAACGGGGGUUGCAUGGGGAGACGCGGGGGCUCUCCGGAGUGACCCAUGUGGCGCGGCUGGGCAGCGGGAGCUGAGCGGCGCUGCAAUGGGUGCGAUCUCCCAGGGCUGCCCAUGCCUCAUUUCAGUCCCGGCCUCUAGCGAUGGAGCCAAUUCGCGGGACUUUAGAACCGGAUAAUCAAGAGCUGCUGAAUCUCCUUCAGUUGGACUGAAAGAUACAGCGUCUUAUAUGACCUGUGGGUUUGAGAAGUAAAGAAUAACUCUGAUCACAGGGUGACUCGUUAUAUCUAUGUUGUGAUGGAAAAAUGAAAGCAUCUAGAAUACAGCAUUUUUUAUACUUCUGAAACUGCCUUUGACUACAACAUCUAUUCCCUUAAAAACAUACACGCAAAAUGUCAGAACUUGACCCUUCAUCUGGAUUAGUAGGAAACAUGGAAAAUGGGACUUUUCUGGAGCUAUAUCCCACAUCCCUGUCAACUUCAGUAGAUUCCUCAUCUGGCCGCUUAUCAAAUGUCUAUGUCUAUGUUUCUAUAUUUCUCAGUCUCUUAGCAUUUCUUCUUUUGCUAUUAAUCAUUGCACUUCAGAGGCUGAAAAACAUCAUUUCUUCCAGUGCCUCCUACCCAGAAUACACUAGUGAUGCUGGAAGUUCUUUCACUAAUUUAGAAGUUUGUAGUAUUUCUUCCCAGCGAUCUGCUUUCUCAAACCUUUCUUCAUGAAAAGAAAUGAAGGAAAUACAUUGGGAAUGGAACAACUUUGUCCAGCUUUUGAGGGAAAUAGUGCAUGCAAUGUUUACCAUUGAAGACUAUUAAUCAUGAAAGAGGUGACUUUUAAAGUUCUCUUUGAUUUUUCUUUCUCUUUUUAGCUUCCAUUUCCCCUUUUAUUAACGAUGCUUUUCAUCUUGGAGCAUGGAAAAUGGCAUCUGGUCGUAGCUUCAUGUAUGUACUGGUAAUGCUGCCUUUCUCUCAUACAUAUACACAUCCAUUCAUACCCACCGUCUUCCUGCCAAAUUUAAAUAUGGUUCUAGGUGGAUGUUCUAAUUCUUCUCUGCAGUUGUAUCCCUCUGACCUGGAUUUCCCUUUGUUAGUGUGUCAUUGACUUUUCACUGGAUAGCGCCUUCUGGACAAGUUCACUUUCACAAAAAUGCCACCACACUAAUUUAAUAGACAAAGUGGCACCUUGGCUAAUUUUAAAGUUGUUGGUGGGGUUUUUUGUUUGUUUUGUUUUUAAUUGUGAUGUCAUUUCAGUAUUUAAAUUAUGUUAUUAAAACAAAACUAAAAUAAUUCUUUUGUUAACAAACAUUAAUUUUGUCUAUGUAUACCUAUUCAUUGAAUCUUUCUGUAUAAAGCCUCUACAAGUCAACUUUCACAUACACUUUGACAUAUUUGCUUAAUUUUAUUUAGCAAAAGCAACUAGAAUAAAUAUGCAUAGUUGUAAACUCAAGCUGUACUGUAUGUUGUAAAGAUGUUUUUAGAACCUACUUGCAUGCAGUUGACAGGACUCCCUGCUUCUCAAGGGGAUGGUUUCUGCCUCUGCAUCACAAAUACAGCACACCUCCUUUCCACACUUCAGUGCUACUCUAGCUUAUUGUUAAUGGAGCCAAACACAAUCUGAGCAGCCUUUUCUCUCCUUGAGAGACACGUAACUCCCAUUACCGUUGCUGGCAGCUGAUUACCUGUAUUAAGGGCCCUUAUAGGCAUGAGGAGUUCUUACCUCAGUGGAGCUACUUACAUCGGUCAGAACUAGUGAAGGGCCAGAUUCUGCCUUCUCCUUACAUGGAUGCACAGUGGGGUGGCAGAGCAAGGCGAAUCCUUCUUGGCAUGGCCUGUGUAAGGGCCAGGCAAUGUCACAGUCCCUUCACAGAGCCUGCUCUCUUCCUACUCCACCAGUGAUGCACAGUGUCCCAAUGAGGAUAAGAAGAACUGGGGGGAGGUGAGGCCAUGGCCCAGCCUCUCCUCCACACUACAGAAUGGGCUCAGGAUGCAUGGUGGGAGAAUAAGCUGUACCCCAUUAAGAGGUGUAGUAGUGGGCAUGCCUUCCUCCUGCUCUAGGGAGUUCAGGGUCACAUAUGUUGAGCCUAGAUGCCUCCCAAUGCUCCACCCCCCCCCCAUAGUUUGGGCUGUGCUGAAAUGGCAUAGCCUAGCCCCAGGGGAAUAGGGGUUUACAGGAUUGAUCCCAGCACAGAGAACAGACCCAUACACACUUACAUAAUUGGUAUGAUAUACUCUCAGUAACUCUCCAUUGUGUCCAAAUGUAAUACAGUAGCUUCCUUGAUUAAAACAGAGUCCUGUAUUCAGUUACUGUCAUAAAGCAAUUAUUAUUAUUGCAAAGCACAAUUCUAUGAGGUCUCCAGCACACCUGACGUGGGUUUAGUCCCAUUAAAUUGGCAGUGAUGUGAUAUGGAAUGCAAAGAUUGGUUUGUUAUUGCAGCCUCCAAAUUGUUCCAGGUUAUUACAUUAUAGCAUCAUUACAGAACGUGAUCCAAUGGGAACAGUUGUACGUUUUGCUCAAUCCUGCUUCACCUAAAGUCAAUGGGUGCUUUGCCCUUGAGCAAGAUCCAACUCAGUUAAAGGACCAUGAGAAGAACAGAGACAUGUCAUCGCUGGUUUUAACUAGCAGAGCCGCACUAGUAGCUCUAACUGACUGGUGUCACCAUCCCCUUACAAACGGUGUGCCCGAUCCUGCAGAGGUCUGUGCGCCUCCUGCAAAGUACCAGCACCCUCCACACCCGUCACCCAGCAUCUCUCAAGAGAUAAUUGGAUCCUUGGAGGAUCAAGUCAUGUAUUAUUUGGCCAGCAUGUUAACGUUAAGGAGUUGUUGGUAUAUUACAGCCUAUGGGGCCACAGCUGUACAUGGAACACUCCACAACUUUUUAAAACAUUUUUAUCCUCCAGGUUAUCAGUUUGCUACAGGCAGGACACAUAUCCCAACAUCCAACAUUAAUUGAAUAUUCUAUGAAAAUGCAGGUUUUUUACCAUCAAAUGUAAAUGUAGUAAUUAGAAAUAUCAUUAUUUAGUGCCAAACAAAGGCAGAUUAAAUUGGAGUUGGUGUUUUCAACUUUUAAAAAUUAAUGUAUUAUACAAUAAGUUUUGGUGUUGAUUAGAUUCUUAUAAGAGCCAAAGCAUUUUGUUGCAAAAUAAAGAACUUAAGUCACUGGGAUUGCUGAUCCACUCUGCUUUUAUAAAGAUAUUUAGUCUCUCAAUCACUCUAUUCAUCCAGACAUAGUUUUCCUGAAACAGAUUCACUCAAUUUUCACUAGAAACUGGUAAAAGGACGUGGGGAACUACUAAGUUAUUUAUUUGAAGUUGAACAAGAAGUAACAUUUCCUUUAUGAAAGCUGUUUAAGAUCCCAAAAUCUGUAACCUAAUGUGUUUGUGUGUAGACUUCUAAAUACAAAUAAAUUA